CAUUGACAGGUCCUGCUGGAAAUAUAGCACCUGGCUUAGAAUUCGACUCUAGAUAUCAUGCUCAUAUUCAUGAAGAUUACAGAAAUGGGCAUGCUUUGUGUAAUGAUCUACUGACGAACUAUGCCUCAUAUUUUCUCUCCAUCGAUGGAGGUACCAUCAAAAAAGCCAGUGGUUGGAGUCCUGGCUAUACAUUAUCAACUGCACUUCUUCAAAUUGUCACAUUUUUUGCAGAUCCUGAUUUUAGUUUUAAUCCCCCAUCAGAAAGUAUUGCUAAUCUUCGUCAUAUGGUAGAAAAGUUCACAUGUGCAACAUGUGGUCAUUCUUAUGGUAAUCCAAACCCGGCUAUAGUCGAUUAUAAUGAAAUAAAGUCAGAUAAACAACAAACAAAAGAAGAAAUUAUAUCGAAAGAAGAAGAAGAACUAAUGAAAUCUGAACGUGAACGUUUACAAUUUCAGCGUGAAUUAGUAGAAAAAUUAACGUGUGGUGUAACAAAACAAAAUGUCAUAGAAGAUAAAAUUUGUCUUGGUUAUCCGUUAUUGAUUACACGUGAUAAUCGUGGUCGAUUAUGGCCAGAAAUCGUUUUGGAACUCAUCUCUUAUGAUGCAUAUGUUGCAGAAAUACAGAAAUCUGGUGAAGACAAAUUAGAUUUUUAUGAACGUUUGAAAUUUCGUUCUGUCACAGGAGCAGAUUAUAAUCAUUGGUUACCUUUGUAUAUUAAUGUUAAUCAUUUUAUGCAAGGACAAACAAUUAUUCAAAAUAGUAUUAGUGUUAUUUAUAAUGGUACUGCUCAAGGUAGUGCAAGAUAUGAUUUCAAACCAUACAUGGCAUUGAGUGUCUUGACUACUUUAAUGAAUAAAUCAGCUGUUCGAUUAUUUAAUGGUGAAAUGUAUGAAUCAAAACAAGCAAUAGAAGCUUAUUGUCAUUUUUUACAUUUAUUGAUGCAUUUUAUUGGUAUUUUUCCUGGAUUAGAGAAUAGAAUUAAUAGGAAUGUGGAAAUGUUUAUAACAGCAUUACAUAAUCGUAAUAAAAAGGUAGUACCUGAUAUUGGUGAAUUUUUGAUACAAAUUGCAUUAUCAACAAAAUAUAAAUUUAAUGAUAUUAAAAAUUAUCUUUACAAAGAAUAUUUUGCUCGACAAAUCUUUUGGAUUAGAAAAAACAGUACAAUCCAAAAUUUAUUAGAUAUAACAACAAAAGAUUUGCCUGAGAUAUUUCAAGCAGUAAAAGUAUCAAAUCAUCUGUUAGUAUUCAAUCUGGAAAUGGCUGAAACAUUCAUUUUUCCAGGUGUCAAAGAACAUUUAGAUCGAUUACAUGGAUAUCCACCUGCUAUUAUUGUAGAAAAAUUUCAACAACGAUUAAAAGCCAUCAAAGCAAUAGAUCGAUAUAGUGUAUUGAUGCAAGCCAUACGAUUGAAUGAUAAGAUCAAAUCACCGGAUGAUAUGAUUGAUUUGAUAAGACGUUCUAUACAUGUAUCAAAUCAACAAGGUUAUACCAAUAUAUUAUAG